CAAAGCGUGUGGACCGUUAUUACAAGGACAAAGCGACACAACAAGAGACCGAUAACCGCUAGUGGCGCCUCGCGACUGCGCAUGCGGGUCGAGCCGUCUUCGGGUUGGACUACAACUGGGGCGUCGAAUACGUCACCAACCGGGAAGGGGAAAGGUCAACAUUGUGUCGACAAGGUGAAAAGAUGUCUGUACAGGCUGUGGUCAUGCAAUUAUAUUGAAGAGAGGGACAGAAAGCAGCCUGGUCAUCUCGUGCUUCUGCAGAACAAUUUAAUCGGAUGGCAAGAGGUGAAGAGACCAAUAAGAAUGGCAAGUGUUGGCGAUGAGACUUUGGUACCAGAAGGGCAGAACUUUGGUGCCCAAGCCAGUGGAGUGGAAUGGACUGUCAUCAUCCUCACGUGCCAGCACAAGGAUAGUGUGUAUGCCUUCCAGAGAGAACUUGAAAUCCGGCAGCGUAAAGGGUCCAUUGCUGCUGGUGUGGUCCUUCUUACCGUUGAGGAUCCAGAGGCCCAUGUCGGUAGUGGAGGUGCAACCCUCAAUGCAUUGUUGGUAGCUGCUGAACACCUCAGUGCCAGGGCAGGAUAUACGGUUGUCACCUCUGAUGUACUACGGACAGCACGACUAUUGAUCCUCCACAUGGGCCGAGACUUUCCCUUUGAUGACUGUGGACGUUCAUUUACCUGCUUCCCAAUGGAGAACCCCAGUGGCAAAGCAGAGGCUCUUGUCUGUAACAUUGACGUUCAGUUGUACCUCAUGACACACAAGCUGGGACCAGGCAGUCCACCAGGUGUAUGGGUCUGCAGCACAGAUAUGAUCCUGACUAUUCCCUCCUAUCCAGAUAUUUGUUGGAAUGGAUUCAGUGGCGCUAGAGUGGUGACUGUGCCAGGGACUGUCAGUUAUGCCAAGAAUCACGGUGUCUACCUCAUUGAUCACGAGGGUUACAUCUGUGACAUCAUCUACAAAGGGACAGAAGAGAAAAUAAAGGAAUGUGCACUACAAGAUGGCAGAGUUCCUAUGGUAUCGGGUAUCGUGUUCUUCUCAUCAGAGGCUGCCGAGAAGCUCCUGGCUACACAUGUCAUUCCUCCACUGGAUGGUUGCACCUACAUGGGUCUGGACUCGGGGGCUCGUUCUGUUCAGCUAUCCAUUUUCUUUGACAUCUUACUCUGCAUGGCACGUCACAUUAGCAGGGAUGCCUUUGUGAACAGAGGAAAGAGAAUCCUGCAGAGCGGUGACAUCACUCCUCCCAACACAGACAUGGCGACCAUGAGGAGCGCCAGGGCCGUGCUUUGGCAGGAACUGCGAGGUAUUCCCGUCACUGCAGCUCUUGUAGCUGAUGGUGGCUAUGACUACAUGAGCUUGUCAGCUGAUGACCACAUACGGAACCUGACCCGGAGAGGGAGUGUCUCUGACUGCUUCGUGAGCCAUCAUGUUGUGUACUCUAAGCUGACACACCAUGAUCUGUUGAACAAGAAUUGUUCUGUCAUCAAUAGCGUUCUGGAUGGAGAGAUCAGAAUUGAACCAUACAGUGUUGUACAACACUGCCACCUUGAGGGGCCCAUUCAUUUAGGGUCUGGUUGUCUGCUGUCAGGAGUGGAUCAGCUGUCAUCGCUGUCGCUCCAACGGCACCAGCUCCGUGAUGUGAUCAUCCAGGGGCACCACAUCAGGCUGAGGGGCUUGAAGCUGAGGAUUUUCACCAUCGUGGGGCGGCUGGAUGAUCUGCAGGUACCUUUCAGUAAUAGCUGCUCAACAUUCCUGAAUAUUCCAUGGUCCACAUUCUUUGAAAGAACGGGAAUCAAGAAAGAAGAGGUCUGGGCUCCCAGCCAUCUGGAUAAUAACCUGCUCAACGCUCAGCUCUUCCCAAUCCUGCACACUUCCGAGCCCAUCGGGAUGGAGGACGUGCUGUGGCUGCUCGGGCACGAGAGCGGACAGUAUCUGAGGAAGUGGCAGUCUGCCUGGCGCCUGUCGAUGAGGGAGAUCCUGAGCUGUCUGGACCAGCAAGCUGAGCUUGCCUGGAGGCAGCAGCUCUUCCUCACCCAGGCCCAGCACCAAGUGCAGAGCACCCUGCACGCUCGCAAAGACAACAGCCUCUGCCCUCUGAUCAGAGCAGCCGUCUGCGAGGGACAGGAGCAGCAAAUACUCCACACCCUCGACACAGUGGCUGCCAGCACCAAGGACCUGGGGAUUGCGGCCCGUGCCCUAGCGUGCGUGGCAGAUGUCUUGAGUUGCGUGGCUGGAAGGCAGGGUGGGCUCCGCAGUGGGCCAGCUGCUAACCGGGCUUGGACUGAGGCCUUCAGUCUGCUGGAGAGCGGGAAUGUGGUGCGGGGAGUGGAGAAGCUGACCGAAGAGCGGGGGAAAUGGCUGAACAGGCCUGACCGGCUUGUGAGGGCUGCCCGGCACUACGAGGGGGCAGAGCAAAUCCUGAUCCGACAGGCUGUGAUGUCAGCGUGUGAGUUCAUCUCCAUAAGAGAAGUGGGGCUUCCUCCCAUGAACCACUGGGUGGUCGCCGAAUGCCCGGCUCGUAUUGAUCUCUCAGGUGGCUGGAGUGACACACCGCCCAUCACGUAUGAACAUGGGGGAGUGGUGCUGGAUAUUGCCGUGCUGGUGGACAAGUUGAAACCGAUUGGCGCCAAAGCGCGCCGCAUAAAGGAGCCAAAGCUGCACCUCGUCAUGAGCAGAGGCAGAGAACAGGAAAUGGCCGUGGAGAUAUCAUGCCAGUGUCUGGAAGAUCUGAGGGACUACUGUCAGCCUCAUGCACCAGGAGCUUUGUUGAAGGCAGCCUUUAUCUGCACACAAAUCAUCCAGUACCCCUCACAGAUUCCUCUGACAGAUCAAUUGAUGGCAGGGUUUGGUGGCGGUUUUGAGCUUCACACUUGGUCCAGCCUGCCCCAUGGAUCUGGCAUGGGUACAAGUAGCAUCCUGGCGGGCGCAGUGGUAGCAGCCCUGAUCUCAGCAGCUGGGAAAUCCUGUGAUACCACUUCCCUUAUCCAUGUUGUGCUUCACCUGGAACAGAUACUGACCACAGGUGGAGGCUGGCAGGAUCAAGUCGGAGGCCUGGUGCCUGGGAUCAAGAUCGGUCGGUCCAAGCCCCAGUUGCCCUUACGAGUGGAUGUUGAACGUAUUCCAGUGACAGACGAGUUUGUGAAGACCCUGAAUGACCAUCUGCUGCUGGUGUACACGGGAAAAACACGCCUCGCCCGCAACCUUCUGCAGGAUGUUCUGCGGAAUUGGUAUGCCAGGUUGCCCAGCAUUGUGCAGAACACAGACGCACUGGUUAGGAACGCAGAAGAAUGUGCACAAGCUUUUAUGAAAGGUGACCUCUCUUGGAUCGGGCAGUGCCUCAACACCUACUGGCAGCAGAAGAAGUGCAUGGCACCUGGAUGUGAGCCACUGGCAGUCCGAGAGAUGAUGACCAUCUUGCAGCCCCACGUACACGGGCAGAGCCUGGCUGGGGCAGGGGGCGGAGGCUUCCUUUAUCUCCUAACCAGAAAACCUCGUCAGAAGGAAACAAUUGAGAGGAUACUGAGAGGAAGUGAGGGUUUGGGGAACUUCAGUGUCCACGAGGUGGAGGUUGAUGAGACUGGACUCAGCGUGUGCAUUACUGGACCAGAGGGACACCCAAAUCACACACAGAUUAUCUAACGCCCCUGGUUCUGCCUGACCAAUUAAAGCAAACUCUGCUCCAUCAUCAAUUAAGGAAAAUAACAAAGGACCCAACUACAUCAUGACAUCUGUAAUAUUAUUGAUGUUUUUAGUACAGUUCAUUCUUAUGAAUGAAUACAAAUAAGAACCUUUCCAGAACUUGUCUCAUACAUCGGAAGAAAUUAAUGUUGACAUAAUGAAGUAAUUACGUUUUCCAGAAAGAUGUUUCAAGAGACCACUGCAGUCCUUGUGGUGGCAAAAUCACUUCAUUGUAACGAGGACACAAUCCAUUGUGCUGUGUGGCACUACAAGCAAGCUAAAUCAAAGCUAUCAAAGGUAUUUUAUUGGUCACAUUCACAUACACCUAGGUGUAGUGAAGUGAAAUGCUUCUUGCCAUUUUGCAGCACAUAAAGAAGGAAUACAGACAUAACAUUAAUAAGAGUUUUAAAUAUGUACAAUUGUUAAAUAGUACAAACAGUAUCGAUGGGGCAUCUCAAACCUAAACAUCCAUGAGAUGCUGCACACCACAAUCUUUAACUCGUAGACUUGCAUAUUCUUCAUUCUAUCUUUAUUUGAAGGCAGGGAUUAAUCUGGUUUCAUGAAGAAUGCAGAGGAAUUUGCCAGUCAGCAUUCCUAAAAAAUGAUGUUGUGCAAUACAGAUCUACAUACACGUUAAAUAUCAGAAGCUGCAUGCAAUGGGCAGAGCUAUGUAAUCUCACAUCCUACAGGUCAGAGCAAGGACAUGUCAUUAUAAACAUCAAGACAUGAAUGGCGUUAGACAAUUAAACUGCUAAAGGGAGAAGGUGGCGGUUCCAAGAACCUCCCAUCCUCAAUGACCCUGCAAUUCCAGUUGACCUUCACCUCGGUUUUCAUCAAUAUCUCAUCUUUCUAUUUUCACGUCUCUUCUUUGCCACUUGUCCAGUUAGUUUUAAACAGUCAAUCACUGUAUAUUCACAGCCCGCAAGGUUGAGAAUUCAUAUUCCUAGGAGUGAAAAUCUUUAACUUAACAACAUGAUUUUUCCCUUCAGAGUGAACAUUUUUCAUUAACUUCACAAUUUUUCCCUUACCUUGAGAAUAUAAAAUAGUUCUCGUUCCUUUGGACUGAAAGAGUAACCCAUAGUUUUUUUGAGAAUUGUACAUAAUUCAAGUCUGGAAAACUCUGUCACGUGUUAUUUGUGGUUUCUCCUUUACUGAUUCAUGCUCCCUUCCUGUCUCUCAUUCAUCGGUCCUUUUGCUUCUGCACUGUUUUCAAGGACAAGUUUACACUGGCUACUUCAGAGUAAUCACAUUUCCAUGAGCAUGCUCAGUUCACUAUGUAGUUCCUUUGCCGUGUCCCUACCAAUGACAGAUUGAUGUCCUCUUCUGUACCUCAGAUAUUGGACACUGGCACACACCAUUACCUCUCCUUAUCCUUGGCUUUCUCCAGAGAGCCCAUGAAGCUGUUGAGUUAUUCCAAUCCUGAUCUUCCACCCAUUGACUUGCUAUAUCUCAAUCUGCACAGCUGAUGGCGGUGUUCCUGUAGGUGUGGCUUGAACCGCAGUGUGAAUAUGCAGGGGUUUCGGGUACUUGGGAAAAUGGCAGCUGUCAGUGAAACCUGCUUCACGAAGGGUGGCAUCAGUUGCAGGGAACUGGAGACCCAUGUGACAUAGAUGGGUCCAGGGAGUCUGAAGCCUGGUAAGGGGUUGCAGAAGGUUUCGGUCCAGGUAGCUGACAAGUUGCCACGAUGUCUGGGAUUCUGCAGGUGCAGCUAUGCCCUGAUGCUAAAGGCAUGCUUGUGAUUGGUUGGGGAAAUGGUAUGUCUCAACUAUGUUUCAGUACCUUCCUGCCGGUACUUGUGAUUGGUCCAGAAGAGUGGCCUCACCAGAUGUUUCUUUAUCGAAUGGUAAUGUUUCUUUACUUAUUGGAAGUGUUUAUGUUAUGUACUGUUGUAUAAUUGGGCCAAAGAGUUGUCAUUCUAUGUAUUUAUCGGUAAUUGGCUUGCAGGGGCUGCCUCCCCCAAGUACUUUCGCGCCUUUAGUUCGGAGGGGUAUAAAGGGGUGGGGAGCACAUUGGGCUGUGCCGAUUGUCUUUAGUCUGUUCUAUUUGCACAAGGCUGGGCUCGAGUAAGUGGUUCAGAGGAUCGGUCCCGCGGUAUUGAAUACAAUAAAAUCGAGUUGGAAUUCCA